GACCUGGCCGCCUCCCAUGGCCAUACGGGUUGUGUCUUAUAUGCGCUAUCCGACGCACAGAGGGUGGCCCGUGGCGGGGAGGGGAGCGGACCCCUCGCCAGCCCCGCUGCUGCUUUGGAGCAGGGCAAACCCAGACGGCUCGUCGCCGGGUCCGCACACAGGGAGGCGUUUCAGAGGGGCUGGGAGCGUGUUUCCAGGGAGAAGGCUAUUGUGACUGACCUGUGAACUUUUAAUAACCCGUAAAAUGACUGGACAACGAGGGACAUUGGAGGGACAAUUGCAAGCUAAACAAGAAGUUUUAGGUCAUGGAACGCCAAACAGCAUUUGCAUCGCACCCUAUCCCGAAGCUUCUAUUUGCUUGCAAAUGCCAGAAUUAACCGCCCGAAACCCGCUCUUGGAAAUGACUGUGGAACUUUUAUAGAACAUCGUAGAUUAAAAUCUGCAGUGCUUCACCAACAUAGAUGAAGACAUACUGCACACUGUGAAAGGUUGAAGUAAUGAAGAGAGCUCUUGAAAGCCUUAACCUGAAUAUUGUAGAGAUGACAGAUGAACAUGCAACCUUAGAUGGAGGAGAUGUUUUAUUUACAGGCAGGGAGUUUUUCGUUGGUCUUUCAAAGCGGACCAAUCGACGUGGUGCGGAAAUUCUGGCAGACACCUUUAAGGAUUAUGCCGUUUCUACAGUCCCUGUUUCUGACUCCUUGCAUCUGAAGAGUUUCUGCAGUAUGGCUGGGCCAAACCUCAUUGCUAUUGGUUCAAGUGAAGCUGCACAGAAAGCCCUCAAGACGAUGCAGCAGAUGAGUGACCACCGCUACGACAAGCUUACAGUUCCUGACGACGCUGCAGCAAACUGUAUAUAUUUAAACAUUCCUGGCAAAGGUCACAUCUUGUUGCACCGAGCCCCUGAGGAAUAUCCAGAAAGUGCAAAGGUCUUCGAAAAACUGAAGGACCACAUGUUGAUCCCUAUAGCAAACACAGAGCUUGAAAAAAUAGAUGGGGCGCUCACUUGUUGUUCUGUCCUUAUUAAUAAAACUUCACAAUUAUGAGUUUACAGACUUCCUCCCUUGUAACUGGCAAUAACGUACAUGCAAGGCAGACGAAUCUGUACCCACUUUUUAUUGGUUCCCUUGACAAUCUACUGUACCACUGUGCUACUAACCUUUGUUUACAAUGGUGCCCUUUCAGGUGGUAAUUAAGGUGUGUGUGUAUAUAUAUAUCUCUGCUUUUUUCUGAUGUAAAAGGACUCUGCUGCAUGUUUGUCUGGACCAUUAUGACGAUUAGUGGUUUAUAUAGUUGGUGUGAAACUGAUCUAGAAAGCAGACGUAGGGGGCCACAUCUAACAUUACUUUUAACUGACACAAACCUUAUGACCCAGGUCUUAAAUGCUACUUUAUAGAGUGCUCAGGUGCAUAUUGUGUUCAUUUCACUCCCAAGGCGUGCUUUAGGUGCAGGAUUCCAAAUGUAUGAAGCAAGACAAGUCCCCUUAACGGCACAUAUGGACAGGUGCUAGAGAAAGUAUAACUUUUAGAAUUUAGCCUCCCUUCACACAAGCCAGCUUUAUUGUUGCAUUGUGUCCAGCAGUAUGCUGAUGACUGCCUACCUUGUACCCCAAUGUAAUACAGGGGUUAGGGGCCGAUGGUCCAACUCUUUGCUUCUGCUGAUGUUGACUUCGUCAUGGGAAUUUCAAAUUUGUUCCCAUAAGGGCUUUCUCGUCUUCUUUCCCCAUUGAUCUGCCUACCUUCCAUCCCAGGUAUUCAUGGCCAAAAAAAAUGACCUUUAGAAAUAACAACAAAGCUACGGGUUAUCUUCCUGUUAGAAAAGAGAAAUGGCAGAAGGAACUAAUUAACUCUUCUCCCUCCUGACCACUUUUUAAAACUAAAUAUUGGUCUUCAAGCAUCUUUUCUACCUUCUGGAGAAAAGUUAUGGCACUGUAUAUUUUCUCCCGUGGGUAAAAAAGGAGCUUGAGGAGGAUUUCGGGGGGGGGGGGGGAAUGGUUAGAUGUGAAAGGCUUUAGCAACCCCUCCCCUGCUUAUUCCUCCACUUGGACUUGAAGAUAUCCACAGCUGUUUUUCUUUACAAAAGGACUACAUGUGACUGCCAUGUAACUUCUGCCAUGUAACUUCUAUAACCUCAGGCUUGAGCGAUAGCUGGGACAUAAAGGGCUCAGAGUAAUACCAAUGCCUUUAACUGGGGAUGCAUUAAGAUGGAUUUCACGCCCUCAAAUCAGACUGUUACACUUCGGUGGCCUCUAGUCAUUUCCCCUUGAAUUUUGGGAUGCUUUCUCAUUAAAGCAAGAUCUUUGCGCCUGUGUUAGGUGGGUUGCUUUUGUGCUUUGCUGAAGGCAUCUGUUGGGAUUGAAAUUUACAUAGCGUGCCAUCACGCAUGAGGCUUAUAUUAGUUCUUGCUUCAAUCCAUUUUUAAUGUAAAUGUGAAAUCUACAUUGGCCGCAAUACUCAUGUUGCAAAGGCCUCUAAUGAACAUCUAUAGCUGACAUUGGUUCUGACGUCUGUGCUCAUUAAGAGUAAUGCAGAAAUCAGCCUCGGUUUUAUUCAUCCCUGACUUUUUCUCUUUUGUUCUGUGUCUCGUUUUUUCUUCUCCUUCUCCCUCCCCUUCUACCUUUGCCUUCCGUUUCUCUUGUCUUCUCUCUUCCAGAAAUCCCUAUUAUAGGUAACUAAAACAAAAGAAAUUCGAUAGCAUCAUGAACCUGGGCUUCUGUGUAGUCCUUUCUAGAGCACCAGCUGCAGUGUGAAAUGUACUGUGUUUUAUUAUUCCACAGUAUUGUGUUGCUGCUCAUGCUAUGGAAGUGCAUUAGAAGAGAAUCGUGAGCAGAAUCUAUUGCAAACGGCGGGUGGCACCUAGGGAAAAAAGUGUUACUGCAGAGGAGGAUUCUCAGGGGGAUUUCAUUUUGAUAGUCUUGAAUUUCAGCAAGGCUUAAACCACUAGUAAGUUUAUCCUAGAAGCUGAGACAAUGGUCUCUUUGUUUAUCCACUGGAUAGGCAGAUAGCUCAUAAAUAAAUCUUAUAUCAAUCUUGUUCUAAGAAUAAUCCACGUGUUCAUGUGAAUCUCAAACUUAAUGUUCUGACACCCGUACAGUCGGCCUUAACAAAUGAUGUUAACAAAUUUCUUCUUCAUCUCACUUUCACCUAUUUUGCUUUACUUUUCAUGGAAUGUUUUUUUUUUUGUUUUGAAUUUUCGUUUGAUCAGAGUUCUUCUGAGAGCCAACAGUGAACUUCCUGGGAAGUUUCGGUAGUGAGAAAGAGAUUGCGGGAGUUCUAGCUGCAGAAGUUUUGCUUUGGUUUUUUACUGUGGUGUAUUCCUUUGAAUAAGGAAGAGAGUUGUCUUCCAACAGGCUGCCAUGACUACUCUGUCUAAGCUUUCAGGUUGUUGUGCUCGGAACAAUGAAUAUCUUGGAUGAUUUUUCUAACUUUUAAUUGUGUGACUGUUUACUGUGGAAUUCAGCUGAAAGAAAUAUUUCUUAUGGUAAAUUCUGCAACACGCUUAAGGCCUUAGUCAUAUGUUUUUUCACCACACAUGCAAAGAAUAUAGACAAUUGCAUUGUCUUGAAACCUGUUAUGUCAUUUCAAAGUAUGGAGAUACUAUCUAGCUCAAGUAGCGCUAGGAACUCUCCAAGGGCUGACAUACGGUCUGAGUAUUUUAUCAACUUCCUGGUUAAGGCCACUAUUCUCCAAUGCUAAUUCUGUCUAGUUGCGGAGGUGUCAUAGAAGGAAGGAAGACUGGGUAGCCAAGUAAUAAGGAAAGAAUCUCUGAAAUUAUUUAACCAUGUAGGGAAUCCAAGAAAUGUAAACUGGAAAAUGCUACCAAUAUCAUCCUGUUGCCUUUUAGAAGGAUUAAGUACACUUAAAAACUCUCUGGUUCGUGAUUCUUUUGCCCUUUCAUUUCUCCCUUUUGAUGAGAAAUUAUACUGCGUCUUAUUCACUUGUCAGGUAUUGCUCAUGUUCCAUCAAGCCAGAAGCCUUAGAAUGAGUUUACAUGAAAUUUGUGGAGUGAAAUAAACAUUCAUGAAAGAGGCAGGGCUGAUUCAUAUGGGAAAGGUUUUAUGCGGUAAAGGGAAUUAAUAUGAAAGCAAUGCAUUUCUUUCACCAUUUGGAAUUCAGUUUAUAAGAGACAGAGAGAAAACAGUGGAAGAAUUGCAGUGAUUUUUGUGACAAUAUAUCCCUGCAACGAAAAAUGAAAUAAAAACAGCUGCAGAAAGCCACUCUUCAAGAAGUCACCAUCUCUCCAGCUGAAGGAGGAAAGAGGAAGAGGUAUGAAGUCAUCUUCCCCAAACACAAGCCCCACAGCCCAAAGGAUGAGAGUUCUGCUCUGUUAUGUUUCAGUGGACGCCCUGUCAAUCAAUCAAUCAAUCAAUCUCCUUUACUGGCAUGCAGGGACCCCUUGCCACGGAAGUAAAAUCUGCAAAUUCCUGUGAAAGGGUCUUCAUCUUUGAUGCUUUCUUUUGUCUCUGCAUUCCAGCUUCAGAGCUGUGUUGUCAGUACGCCAGGCAUAUAUCUUUCUAAUUGAAGACUUGCAGAUUAUGUUUCUCAUCUGCUUUUUGUGUAUAAAUUUGUGUGAUGGGUUGCCUCUGCUGAGCUUUUGAUAGUUCACUGAAGGCUUUUGGGGCACGUAGUUUAAUUAAUUUUAUUUAUGGAUAAAUUCGUAUGUUGUGCUCCAAAACCAGUUUCUGUAUUGUUUCCCAAACAAACAAACAAACAAAAAUGGAUUGCUAUGCCUGAUUAUGCAACAGUUCUAGGAUUGCCAACUUUCCUGAUUUUUAUCAUUAUGGUCCAGGAAAUUACUAUCACACCCGGUAUCAAGAAACAUCCCUCCACAAUGGGGGGAUUUUCAGAAUUUAAAGGGUGUUAAUGUAGAGUGAGAGAGACUCAUUUAGAUCUUUAAAUGUGUGCAUACUUUGUAUUCUUCCAGCAGGUACAUUUCCCUUCUCGUUAUUGUGUGCCACAUGGAAGCAUAUGUAAACACUUGGAAAUCUAUGCUCCAGAAUCAAUGUUUGUAGUUCAACUUUGUAGCAUAGCAAAUUCCUUUCUGAGGCUGGAACUAGACUCUACAGCUAAUGCAGAGCUAUUGCCAAAGCCAAUUCUCCCCUUCAAUAUCUAGAGGUUUGUAACAUAAUCACAAUGAGUAUCCUUAUAUGUUAUGGGUGGGGUUGGGGGAAAGGAAAAAGGGUAUGGAGCUGUUGCUUUCAGCUACUGCCCGCAUCUACCUAAUUUUGGCCUAAAGCACUGAAACUUUAUCUAAAUCAUUAUUUAAGCCUAUGUUUGGCAGUUGUACAAUCUGAUUGCCCGUUGUACAAUCAGUAGACUCAAAUGGUAAGACCUUUCUUACACACCACUGCUUCGAACUUUGUUAUUGAAUAUUCCAUUAUAGAAAAUAACCAUGUAUUCAGAAAACUUCUAUUUCCAUUGAGGGUAGUUCAGCCUGGCCUCCUCUCCGUCCUGAUAUGUUAUAAAAUUCUUCAAUGUGUAUGUUGGGGGCAUUUUUUUAAAAAUGCAACACCCUUCCCCUGAAGUGUAAUCUAGAUUGGUAAGAGUCCAUUUGCCACCUGUUGAUUCAGCUGGUAAGGUAAAAGUAAAGGACCCCUGGACAGUUAAGUCCAGUCAAAUUUGACUAUGGGUUAUGGUGCUCAUCUCUGCUUUCAGGCCGAGGGAGCCGCCAUCUGUCUACAGACAGCUUUUUCGGGUCAUGUAGCCAGCCUGACUAAGCCUGACUAGCACAGCAGGACACCGUGCCGGAAGCCAGAGCGCAUGGAAACGCCGUUUAUCUCCCCGCUGCAGCGGUACCUAGUUAUCUACUCACACUGGUAUGCGUUUAAACUGCAAGGUUGGCAGGAGCUGGGAUAAAGCGACAUAAACUGGCCCUUAACUUCUGAUAAAAUCUAAAAUGACCUCUCUUGCACUACCCAAUUCAAUGUUCGGAACUGCUUAAAUGAAAAGAUGGCAAGCCUAGCACUGUUGUAUUCUGCAACUUACUUUGUCCCACUGUUUCCUCUGUGAUCCAUGACCUGCCCAGAACUUUACACUUUCCCCCCAAACACUUUGGUGGUUACAAAAUUGGAAGCCCCAGAUAAGCUCUCCCAUUUCAUUUCUUUUUAUCCUUGUGUUGUUUAGUUUAUUUUGGGGCUGAAGAAAGUGAUGCAACUUGUGGGUUUCCUUGUUGGACAAAAUGUGAUUGGUGUCAUCUAAGGUUCCCCUCCUUAUGCCAACAAGAAGUUUGUAUACAUGAUGUACCUUACAUUGCUACACUUGGCAUUUUUCCACUCCCACCCACACCACAAAGUAUACACUCAGUUGAAAUAUUUCACAGAUAUGCCCCGUUUUAGAAGUGUACUGUGGCAUUUUUUGUUAAGGACAGGCGAAACACAACAGUCCCAUAAGAUGGGAUCAUAGCUUAGGCAGAACAUCAUGUUCAGCUUAGUGAAGAACUGUCAAAAUCUCCCCCUCCCUGUCUUCUCCCUCACUGAAAGCAAACUCUGGUACAACUUUGGCACUUAUUUAAAUAUAGGCAGGGCAGAAUCCAUUUGAGUAAUAAUCAAAUGUUUCUCAGGAGUUGGUACAUAUCCAUACAAAAGAGAGGCUGUGUUGUUGUUUUUUGAAGAGCAUUUUUUCAUCUGUUAGAAGCUGUGAGCAAAAUAUCAGGGACCUUACUUGAACUCCCAGAAAGCUUGACACUGGAUGCUUGAUGGUGUAGCUUGUAUGAGAUCUACUAUGAAUCAAGUGCAUUGUGUUGCUUUACUAUGCACAGAUAUGACUACUAAAUUACCACAGUAUUUUAGACUCUGUUACCUUUGAGAGACCUUUAUUACAAUCCAGUAUAUUGUUGCCCACUUUUUUGUGCCAAACAUCCACGCAUUCCAUAGUCUGUUAACACUGGAAAAAGUUGACCCAGAUUUUCCAUUUUGUUUCGUCUUCUGCAGUUUCAGUACUUCAUGUACACAUAUCACUAUGGAAUAAAGUGUCAGUUGCACCUGGA